CAGUCCGACCCGGACAGCCGAGCGAGCGAGACGUCGCGGUUGUAUAUGUAUAUACGUAUUAUAUGUGUACACGGGCGCUCUCUAACUCCGUUGCGCACUACAGCACUGCCUAACCUCUCGCUCAUCCCAUGCGCGAGCGCGUAUGCGCCGUGGAGAGAGCGAGAGAGAGAGAGAGAGAAAGAGAGAUUCUCGCAACCCCGUACGUGCGUGCGCCGAACAUCCCGGUUCAGUGUUCGCUCGGAGCUCCGAGACGUCGCAUCGUCGCGCGUGAGAGCCUGACUGUCACAUCGGUCCUCCGCGAGCGCGCGAGUGUUAUUAUUGCCCAUACUGCUACACUGUCUUCGUGCGUGUUUUGUCGUCCUUCCGCGAAUCGUCGUAUACGCUGUAGCGAAGCAGAGGUCGCGACUCUCUGUGUAACGUAUAUACGCGCUGUGCGGCGGGUUAAGCUGUAUACACGCGAGAAAGCUGAGGAUUUUCCGAGAAAGCGAGUUUCGCAAACGGGAGCCGGCGAAUGGUGUGCGCUGGCUGGGAAAAAGCCGAGGCGAGUCGCUGCAGCUAGAGUGUGCUAGUCUCCGGGCGGCGAGUGUCGUGCGCCCUGCGGAAUCGAUAGAACCAAGUCAACGCCGAGAGGACCUUUUCGUCUUCACACCCUCUCCUCCUACUUUCGCCGACGGUAUUACGCUCUACUCUGCAGCCCGGAUGUAAUACUGCUUACAUACCUCUGUGUACUUACGCUUAAAGUGGACCUUCGCGAGAUAACAGUUUGUUGGUUUUUGUGGAUUGGAGAGAGAAAGUCCGGGCCCGAUAAUACACACACGAACACACUGGCCCGAGACGAGUGAUAAGUGCGUGCUUCUGUUGGUUUGUCUCCGUAUACGAGUAUAUGAUACUGCUGCGGUCGGCGCCACACGUGAACUGCCACGAGGAGGACGCGUCGGAGAAGCUGCGCGCAUCGUCAACCAAACAGGCGGCGGAGGCCGGUGAUGAGGGGCGUCGGCUAGUGGCCCCGCAGCAGCAGCAGAGUCGAGGAGGAGGAGGAGGUACGAGAGGAGCCAGGGAGAGCGGAAAGAUGCCUGCCUCCCGCGGAGCAGUGGCCUUAUUAAGGGCGGCCCUGCUGAUUCUAAUCAUCGCGGGAAGCGCUCGAGCCUACAGCUCGCGCACGCCAGAAUGCACGUUUCCAUCGAGGUGGGAAGGCAUGUGGUUCCAGAGCGGCGUGCGGCAAUCGAUACUCAUAUCGAAGAACAUCCUCUCGAGCAAGGGAACCUGCCUCCAGAACGAGGGCGAUAAGUUUCUCCUGGUAAACGAGAAAUCCUGCUAUCGAUGCGUCGUCAUCCACGAGAAACACUCUAACGUGCUGCAGUACAAAGAGACCUACUGCCACAGCAGGAACACCCUGGCAGCGUUGUGCAGCUACAUAACCGGUGACGCGCUGCUCUUCUCGAUGUUCCGGGAGGAGGCGACAUCGGUGCCCUGUCCGUUCCACGCACCGAUGACCUUCACUUACAAUCGUGGCCAUGGGAGGUGCUUCAGUCCGCAGAGCAACGUCGAGACCUGCACCGACGAGAGCAAGCUGCUCUUCAAGUACCAGGCGUGUCCUGAUGUACCGGCUUCUGAAAGCACAGUGGAGGAGCUCGAAUGCCUGGCCACCUGGAAGGAGGGCAGCAACCGCUACCUGGUGGGCCGUCUGCACAACGGUCAUUCCUUGAGUAACGAGGACCGCUACCGCUGCUUCGUCUACGAAAGGCGCGGCCAGAAUGUCGCGGGAUUGAACAGAGCUGCAGCCGCAGCUCUGGGUAUCGCCAGUGUCCUCGAUCACGAGAUGUCGGCUGCUGGUCCCAAUGUCGAGGGAUCACCCGAGGUCUACAAGGUCGCUCAGAGCGGAGAUGCCACGUGCAACGGGCUGUUCAGCCCACUGGAAGGAUCGAGGACUAUGACGCUGACGAAAGCAUCAUCACCGGGCAAGUGUUGGUUCCCCACGUGGCUGACCGGCAAGACAAGCAUGACCUGGCACACGCUUGACCUGACGCGCUCGUACACCUUCCACAUGAGCAACGCAUCGCUGCACACCGUCCGCUCGAACGGCAGUGCCAGGAGCUCCGAGAGUCAGGACUUUCUCAAUCUACCCGGCCAGGACGAGCACAACGUCAAGAUACUCUGCAACAGCGUGAAGGCCGCCGGCACCGAACAGAACAUCUUCAUGAUCGUCGCGCAUUUCACCGUGGGAUGUCAAAACGGCUACAUGUGCAUGGCGUUCUACAAAAGGGACGGCCACGUCGUCGAACUUCAGACAGGAAGCACCGUCUCCAGGGCCGAGGAGGCAUGCAGCUCGCCCCACUACCAGCAGCACAGCAUCCCCUACGUCACCCUAGUCACGAGUUCUCCAGAGCCACGUCAGUGCCCGUACCUCGGGAAAUUCACGGUGACCGGUGUGAACGGCGCCAGCCACGCCCAGCAAAAGAGCCCUGGCCGAAACAAGGGCUACAAGAGCGACAGGGUGAGACACGGCCAGGAGCGAAAGCUCGAGUUCGACGUGGAAAAACGCCGGGGUAACAAUCAGUACCUCGUCCGCGAUCAGCUGCAGCAGCAACAGCAGCAGCACAGGAGAGUUAGGUCCGAGGGAAACGCCAGGCUCCACAGCAGAGAUCCCGAGGAGGAGGCCGAGGAGCAGCUGAUGGAGGAGGAACUCUGGGCGAGGAGGAGCGGCAAGCCGAGGCUGAGAGAGGAGGCUCAGGCGUUUUUUAAGAGUAAAUUCCGCAAGAAGCGCCAGUCAAAACUGGAGGACUUCCAGCUGGACAAAGACGACUUGACGCACCAGGCGUCUCCGAUCUGGACUCGUGACUCUCGCGAGGACGAUUCGAAUCUCGAGGAGAUGUCGGACGCGGACUACUUUGGCGAGUACAUCGACGAGGCUCCGGUCGAACCUCCGAAGAAGAAACGCGUCUAUCCGACCUUCCUCACCUACUCGGACCUCGUGCGUCUGAAGCGCGAAAUCGAGGAGGACGAGGACGACGUCGAGUCCGACGACGACUAUGAGGUCUACGACGAGGAGGACGAGGAGGAGGCUCGCCGUCGCAGAAGACGACGAAAGAAGCGCGACGCGAUGGAGGAGGACGAGCAACGGCCCAGAUGCAACUCCGACAUCACCACCCUGACCGUCGGCUGCUCCACUGCCGACCGGAUGGAAUUUCAAAGCGAAUGCGUCGACGAUGACGCCGUCACAGCUUACUCGUGCCACGGGCGCUGGUUCGACGCGGAGGGCACGCAGUUCGUGAUAGCGACGCCGCUGGCGACUCGUCGCGCUCAAGCAGCCUGGAGUGGACCCGAUGGCUCAAGGGCCCAGCCGUACAGGAACAGUCGCAGGCUCUGCUUCAUGUACAGGGAGAGCGGGGGCGUUGUCAGUCUGACCGCGAGUCCGGUCGCUUGCCAGAGAGGCGUGCCACCACCGCCGCCGCUUCUUGCCUUCAACGCUACCAGUAUCGGUCAGUGCAUGGACGGCGCGAGCAGCCUCGGCAAUCACUCGCUGCAUCUGAUCCUGUCGGUGCUGGUGCUCAUCCUCGCCAUGUUCAGGUGAUUCUAAACGCAGCGAGAUGUGUAACCCACAACGUACCUUCAGAGGUACGAAUCCAGUAACGAAGGGCGACAAGUCGUCGUAUACAUGUAUACAUACUUGACGAGGAGGACGCGUGCGCAGGUGGUCCUACUUAGCCGCCGGUGGUUAUGCGCGCGUUCGGCGGAAUUCGAUCUUUAUUGUAUAUUUAUUAUUUUAUCUGUUUUUUUGCUUCGUCGACGAAAAGUCAUUUGAAUACGUGACGCGAUGCUACACCCGAUCGAGAGCUGCGUUAAUUGAUAAUUUGUGCAUAUGUGAUUUUUAUUGUUUGACCAUGUCGUACAUUUGUUUUACGGUUCUAAAGAGGAGUUUUAAAAAAAAUUGGCGUCGAAUUUCACCGGACGCGCCACUCUUCCACAUAUAUAGGUUUUUGUACCGACGUAGCUUCUAGACAGUCUAUAAAGUUAAUUACUAAUAGAGAACACACGGGCGCCUCCCAGCCUCGGAAAUCCAAGAACAAAUGCGACAGGAGAAUAAAUUGUGAAGAAUCACGCGGGGAUGAGAAGUUACGAGUUUUUAUAUAUAUA